AUGGACAGUAACAAGACAGCUCAGGCGACCGACGAGCCGAUAUCAUCAAUUGAAGAUGCAUCUUUGGAGGAAAAGCUGAAAACCCAAAUAGAGACUCCAAACAUCACCGUCGGGUUCAAGGACCUAUUCCGCUACGCAACUCUGAAAGACCUCCUGAUUCUGACCUUCUGCACCGUUGCUGCAAUCGCUGCCGGCGCAAUUCUACCAUGUUUCCCACUUCUCUUCGGCGAUAUGGCCGGGCUCUUCCAGUCAAUUUCUCUCCAAGAAAUGCCCCGGUCCGAAUUCGAUAGAAUCCUAACGCAAAAGUCCCUGACCCUCGUCUACCUCGGCAUCGGUGCCUACGUCGCCACAUACAUCUCGACCGUCGGCUUCAUGGGCGUGGGCGAGCGUCUCACGCGCACGAUCCGGCAACGGUAUUUCCGCGCUCUACUCCGACAGAACAUGGCCUUCUUCGACAACGUCGGGCCCGGGAUGCUGUCGUCGAGGAUCUCGCUCGACUGUCAGAAUAUCCAAGAGGGUAUCUCAGAGAAGGUGGCGUUUGUGAUCACGGCGCUCGCUACGCUUGUUAGCGCGUACGUAAUUGGGUUCAUCAAAUAUUGGAAGCUCACCCUUGUUGCGUCCUCGAUCCUUGUUGGCAUCAUCGUUACCAGCACAGCGUGCACGCGGUUCAUCAUCAAGUACCAGGGAAAGUCAAUGGCGAACUACUCCAUCGCAGGCGGUCUCGCCGAAGAAGUCAUCAGCUCCAUUCGAACCGUCAAAGCCCUUGGCGUACGAGACAUGUUUGCCUUAAAAUUCGAGUCGCAUCUCAUCUCUGUUGAGACCUGGGGGCGAAAGGCUCAGAUCUGCGUCGCAGUGCUGAUUGCCAUCGUCACAACCAUGACGUUCAUGAGCCAUGCCCUGACAUUUUGGACCGGAUCAAUAUUUAUCGGCAGGGGAGAGGCGAGUAUCUCUGAUGUCAUAACCGUCGCCUUUGCUAUUCUUAUCGGGUCGCACGUCCUUGGUGGCAUCGCUCCUCAUAUUCCCGCAUUUGCUGUAGCCGUUGCGGCAGCUUCCAAGGUGUAUUCCGUUAUCGACCGAGAAUCACCUCUCGACCCAAUUUCAGAGGAGGGCGUCAAGUUCGACCAGAUCUCAGGAUCCAUCGACUUUGUCAAUGUGAAGCACAUCUACCCUGCCAGACCUCAGCAAGUCAUCAUGGACGGCGUGAAUCUGCAUAUCCCAGCCGGAAAAACCACAGCCAUUGUUGGGCCAUCAGGUUCUGGCAAGAGUACCGUCAUCAGCCUCAUCGAGAGGUUCUACUCCCCCAUUAGUGGACAAGUUGUCUGCGACGGCAAAGACAUUUCUACACUCAAUCUGAGAUGGUUUCGACAGAAGCUGGCCCUCGUGGCUCAAGAGCCCGUUCUCUUUGCAGCCUCUAUCUUUGACAACAUCGCAAUGGGCGCCCUCGACAUUCCAGACCAGGUCGAAGAAAAGGUCCAGUCUCUCGAGUUCCGAGUUCACGAAGCCGCCAAGCAAGCCAACGCUCACAACUUCAUCACAAAUCUCCCCAAGGGCUACGACACCAAGCUUGGCGAGGGCGGGUCUCAGCUCUCGGGCGGCCAGAAGCAGAGGAUCGCAAUCGCCCGCGCUUUGAUCCGCAACCCGGCAGUGCUUCUCCUCGAUGAGGCUACGUCUGCACUAGACUCGGAGUCUGAGCAGACUGUUAAAGAAGCAAUCCAGUCGGCUUCUGUUGGGAGAACAACAAUCGUCAUUUCGCACAGGCUUUCGACUAUCACGUAUGCCGACAACAUCAUUGUCUUGUCAGAGGGCAGAGUAGUGGAGCAGGGAACGCAUAGUGAACUUCGAAGUCUAAACGGUGUUUAUUCGAAGCUCUUUGAGGCGCAGGAACUGGAGGAGCAUCCAUCCGGUCAUGGAGUCAACAGCACAGCUCCUGAGUCUGCGCAAGAUCAGUCGCUGCCACUCCAAAUGGACAAGGCCAGACACAAUACAGAGAUCAUUCCCUUAGAUCAAGAGGACCAAAAAGCUCAAGAUGCGAAAACCUCACUCUGGUCCCUGGUGUCCCUCACCGCAUCCUUCAACCGCCCUGAAGCCAAACUCCUCGCCAUCGGCCUAACAUUCUCUAUCCUCGCCGGCUGCGGCGGUCCGACCCUGGCCUUUCUCCUCGCCAAAGCCAUCAACGAGCUUUCCAAGCCUGACACCAUGGUCUCAUCCAUGAGAGAAGGCGCCAAUUUCUGGUGCCUGAUGAUGUUCGUCGUCGGCCUCAUCCACGUCUUCAACCUCACCAUCCAAGGCGUGUCCUUUGCAAUCUGCUCUGAGCGUCUCAUCUAUAGAGCUCGAAGCACUCUCUUCCGCUCCAUCAUAGAACAGGACGCCUCGUUCUUCGAUCGAGACGAAAAUAAGACCGGCGCUCUGACGUCGCUUCUUGGUGUCGAGGCAAAGAGUCUCUGUGGCGUGAGUGGCUCAACGCUUGGAACCAUCUUCAUGAGCUGCACCACACUCAUCGCAUCCAUGGCUAUUGCGCUAGCCAUCGGCUGGAAGGUCGCCCUCGUAUGCAUCUCCACUAUACCAGUCCUGCUGGGCUGUGGCUUCUAUCGCGUCUGGAUGAUCUCUAAGUUCGCCCAGCGAUCCCACGAAGCGCACAAGCAGUCCUCCGCAUACGCCAGCGAAGCCGUGAUGUCGGCGCGCACCAUCGCUGCCCUCGCCGCGGAGGAGCAAUUCGUCCGCCACUACGAGCAACACCUUAAAGCACAGGAGCGAAAAAGUUUAGUUUCCAUUUUCAAAUCUUCUGUGCCGUAUGCAGCGUCGCAGUCGUUUGCCUUCUUUUGCGUCGCCCUGGCAUUCUGGUAUGGCGGGCAACGCAUAGCGGAUGGGGAAUACUCCAUAUUCCAGUUCUUUGCAUGCUUUGCCGAGAUUAUCUUUGGAUCUCAAGCUGCUGGUCUGGUCUUUUCCUUCGCGACUGAUAUUGGAAAGGCAAAGAAGGCUGCAAGGACCUUUCACACGAUGCUGCAAAAGACGCCAACCAUCGACGGUUCUGAGGGCGAUAAUAGCACUCAUCUCCCCGAGAAGUGUCAAGGAAAGAUUGAGUUUGAAAACGUUCACUUCACAUACCCAAACCGCCCUGGACAUCCGAUCCUCAACGGCCUGAGUUUCGCCGUUCAGCCAGGUGAGCACAUUGCUCUCGUCGGGUGCAGCGGAUGCGGCAAAAGCACGUGCUUCGCCUUGUUGGAGCGUUUAUACGAUCCCGAUUCUGGAAUUCUUAAGAUCGAUGGCCAAGAUAUCAGAGGACUAAACGUAGCCGAGUACCGGAGAGCAUUGGCCUACGUGAGUCAAGAACCUACCAUAUACUCUGGGACGAUUCGGGACAACAUCACUCUCGGUUGUAGCCUUGAUGAGACCGACGAGGCCAUCACCCAGGCAUGCAAAGACGCCAACAUCUACGACUUCAUCGCCUCUCUUCCUGACGGCCUCGCAACCACAGUCGGUAACCGCGGCGUGAUGUUAUCCGGUGGCCAGAAACAACGUAUUGCAAUCGUUCGAGCCCUCAUCCGCAACCCCCGAGUCCUCCUCCUAGAUGAAGCGACUUCUGCCCUUGACUCCGCAUCAGAGAAGUUGGUACAGGAUGCUCUGGAGAAGGCCUCACGAGGUCGGACGACCAUCUCAGUUGCACAUCGUCUCAGUUUCGUCCGCAAUGCAGAUAGGAUUUAUGUGAUCGAGAAAGGCCAAGUGGUGGAAUCAGGCACACAGACCGAGUUGAUGAGGAUGGGAACGAGGUAUUAUAGUCUUGUUCGAGCUCAGGCUCUCGAGGUUGGAUCUGAAGAGGUCAACUUAAGGCAUAGAAGUCUGGAAGGAAUACGCAUUCAUUUAACAUAG